AUGUCUAGUGAUGGAUUUACAUCCAUAAUAUCCAUGUUUUACGCCGUUUUUCAUCCCACAGAGGGAACCAAGGUUGUCUGUCAGGUUCCAAGUGGGUCAAUAGUGCCCGCAGAUAAAAGCAAAGACUCGUCCACGCUGGCUGCUCCCUUGUUCGAUUUCGAUUCUAUCAAAAACUAUGUGAUCCCAAAACCAGCACUUUGUAACAAAUUGGUGACUUUCAAAAUCAGCAGCUACCGUGUGGUAGGCUUUCCUGUCAACAUAUAUGCGUCUCACUAUGCCCGUAACUCUUUCAGCUUCAAUCUGUGUUUUGUUUUCAAAUACGAAGAUGAUACCACCCCCUACGAAGGACAUGUCAAAAGAUUGGGACGUAUGUUUCGCGCACUGGAGGAGCAAUCGCAAAUGCUGUCCAAAGCGGAUAAGAACCAUGAGGAUUUUUUCAAGCCGCAAAAGGAAUUGGAGCCCAAGACCUGGUCCAAGACUUCAAAUUAUAUUCGAAUAAUACAAGAUGAAGACGUCGGCGACGAAGUGACAUUCUCCAAUCAAAAUAUAAAACAUUCAGAGUCCAGCGGCCCAAUUCUUGCAUCUAUAGAAAGCUUAGUCCAGCAAAUCUACCAGGACCUGAACAAUUACUCUGAAUGCCUCAUUCCCAUAGACUCUGCAAACUCUGUCGAUAUCAAAUUGUUUCCCAUUUUGCCGCCACCCCCCGAACUGAAUGCUUAUGAUGUUCCUAUAGCAACAGUGAAAUUAGAGACGAUGGUGGAUCCACUGUGGGACCCGACGAUGGUGAGAAUCCUACCUUUUAUCAAUGGUAUUAACUCUAUUAAAAGAAUUAGCAUUCUAGCAGAUGCAGAUUACGAACUGACAAGACAGUGUAUCCAGCACCUGAUCCACUUCAGAUCCGUUGCGGUUCUCGAUGUUUUUCAGUUCUCCAAUUGUUACGCUCCUACCUCGCAGAUAUGCAACUUUUUGCGCGACCCAAUGAUGGCUUCUGAAUGUCAAGGAUACGUGAUCUCAUCCACUGGAACAUUUGGCAAUCUGCCUCUCCAAAGAAGACAAGAUUUAGGGUCGAAUCCAGAUAUGGAGAAUGCAAGCACACAUUCUUCUUUAUUGGGCACUGAAAGGUCUCAUGAUGGUCAACAAUCUUUUUCACCCAAAACUAGCUCUUAUCAGAAUCAUAAGUCGACGCAAAAGACUAUGUUCGUUCCGUUGCCUUCAAAGGCGACUCUAUUCUAUCUCUAUUGUUGUAUGAAUCAAAAUCUUACCCUGCGUCAAUGGCAUUUAGAAAACAGCAAGCUUUUGACUCACAUUGAUAUCAGAAGAUUCGUUACCUUUGGUGUGCUCAGGGGAAUUAUUUACAGGGUGCGAACUUAUCCUGUGUCCAACAAGUUCUCGACAUCCAUAGACUUUGGCACAUUGUAUACAAGUUACAAUGAUGCUGCAAACCCUAAGAAACCCAAUUACAAUGUUUCUGUGCUGCCUGUCACCAAGAAUAUCAGAAAAUACAGCAACGAUUACGACGAUGACGACAAGCUCAUCGAGGCAGCAGAGAACAAUGACAAAUUUCUGGACCUGACAGGCCUCAAGUCCGAGCGUCUAAGGAAACAACAAGAGAUAAAGCUUUCUCGCUUGCUGAAGAAAUGUCGGGAUUUCGAUAUGAUUUGCACGGAAAUGAGCCUUCCUAAAAAGGAGGUUGUCGAAAUCCUUACGAAAAUGGGCGAUUGGAGCGUCAUCAAUUCGUAA